AUGGCCGACGAUAAAGGAUACAUUGUCACCUUGAAGGAUGACACCACCGAUAAGGAAGCAGAAUCGAUCAAGAGCAAAAUUCAACAAUUGGGAGGUAAAAUCACCAACGAGUUUAGUUUGAUUAAGGGAUUUUCAGUCAAAUUGCCAAAGAUCCAUGCUGAUGCCUUGCACAAAGAACAUCCAAAGAUUGCCAAUGUUGAGGAAGACAAGGAAGUCCACACCCAAUAA